AUGGAAGUAGAACAACGUCGCACCACUCAGCAGUCUGAGGAAACGCGCUUGAAGACCAGCUUCAUCGCCAACGUUGUAGUCCGUUCCCUUUCCCGAUACUACUCUCUGGGUGCCUUCAAAGACAAGGCCAUAUUCAAAGAAGUUGCUCGCGAACUGACUCGAAGGCUUGUCAAGAGUGGGAUUUCCGAUGAUGACGGUAAGUGUUCACUUCUUGUUGUCUUCUCUUUGAUGGUAACAGGUAUCGGGACUAGUUUCAUAAUAGUGUAA